UAAUAACUUAAACAGCUGUGGUAUAUGAUUGAUCCUCGACUUAAAGAAGCAUGCUAUCGUCUCUUUCAUGUCAAUGAGGCCUAUCAGACCAAAUGAAAUGAUGUCAUGUUUUAUUCGUUUUUUCUUUUGUUGUGGAAUGCGGCCUUUGUUUUCUUUUGUGUCUGCCUGUUAUAACUGAACCUGACAGAAUACAAUGAGCACAGACAACGACUUUUUGACAUACAGUAUUGGAUACAAUCCAAAUACUCUGCAAUGAGACAGUUCAAUAAUGACAUAAUACUGUUGAUAACGCUCCAAAAACCAUUUUAUUCUGGCCUGGCUCCGUGUGAUGUGAACUCUCUUUGUAAUAAUGUCACGUUCACUUUUUAUGUUGUACCCAUUUCUCUCACCCCUUUUCAGGGUCCGCCCGGACGAUCAGGCUUUCCGGGUGACAAAGGAACAAUGGGAAUUCCUGGAAGAAUGGGGAUAAAAGGAUACGCAGGGGAGAAGGGAGCGCCAGGGGAGCCAGGCCUGUCUAUCAUUGGGCCACGAGGACCUCCUGGACAGCCAGGAACAAGAGGCUUCCCAGGCUUUCCGGGUCCGAUUGGGUUGGACGGAAAGCCCGGACAGAACGGCUUGAAAGGAGACUUGGGUCAACGUGGUCUUAAAGGAGUCGCAGGUGAACCUGGGCUGAAAGGGGAAAAGGGCAUAUGUGGAGACUACACUCACAGGCAGAUCUUGCCCAUCCCCAUGCGAAACAUGCCCCCAAUAAACCCUGUAAUCCUAAAGCGCCUCAAGCAGGGCGAGCCUGGAGCUCAGGGCCCACCAGGACCUCCUGGCCCCCCAGGGCCCUCAGGGACCUCUGGACUGAAUGGUGCUAGUGGACCGCCGGGUAAACCUGGUGAACCAGGAAAACCUGGGAAAGAUCUACGGCUCCUACCAGGGAUGAAGGGUGAGCCAGGCAUGGCAGGAAUAAAGGGCGAUGUUGGCCCCGCUGGUCCUGAAGGCCCCAAGGGACUGAAGGGAGAGCUUGGACUGAAGGGGGACUUUGGUAUGCCAGGAAUGCCAGGGAAACAAGGAUUGAAGGGAGAGCCAGGUUUUCCAGGCAGUCCUGGAAGAAAGGGUCAAGCUGGUAUCCCUGGUACACCUGGUUUUCCUGGAAAGAGGGGCUACAGGGGUGACAAGGGCGAACCCAGCGCAGCAGGAACUGGCAUCAAAGGAGAACCAGGGACACCAGGACUCCCAGGCCUAUCAGGAUCCAAGGGUGACAAAGGCGACCAAGGUCUCAAGGGGGAAGCAGGAUCUGAUGGUCCAGCUGGACCAAGAGGUCCUCCGGGUGCGGCAGGAGAGCCAGGGAAAUCAGAAAUCAUCAACAAUGAAAAUGAUAUUCGGAAUGUACCUUUGAUGGGCCCACCUGGCCCUCCAGGGGUCCCCGGAACACCAGGAACAAAGGGUGAAGUUGGCCUUCCAGGCCCAUCAGGUCUUGACGGAGAGAAGGGUCCUCGGGGGAAGCCUGGAGAGCCAGGUCCUGUUGGCCCAGCGGGCCCUGAAGGUCCCAGAGGGGAGAGGGGCCUGAUGGGUUUCUCAGGACCCAAAGGAGACAAGGGGGACAUGGGUCACUUUGGAUCACCUGGUUUAGACGGCCCUACUGGUGAAAAGGGGGUUUCUGGACCCCCUGGCCCCAUUGGAUUACCAGGCACAAUGGGUCAGAAGGGCGAGUCCGGAGAUAAGGGAGGAAGGUCAGACAUGGUCUAUGGACCCCCAGGGCCUCCAGGUCCCCAAGGACCAGUUGGCCCCGCGGGACCUGAAGGACUGAGAGGACCAAAGGGGGAGCAAGGCAUAGGCAUACGGGGAGAGAAGGGAGCAUCUGGUUCAAAGGGCGAUAAAGGGGACAGGGGCCAUCUUGGACUUCCUGGAGCUCAUGGUUUAGACGGCAGGCCUGGUCGAGUGGGUUUAAUAGGACCAGUUGGUGUGGCAGGGCCUGCAGGACCAAAGGGGGAGAGAGGUUUCGUGGGAGAUUCAGGAGUCCCAGGACCAAUUGGUCCUCAAGGCAUCCCUGGUGUUGUAGGACCACAAGGAUUCAAAGGGAACCGGGGAGAGAGGGGCAAGAAAGGCAACAGGGGAACUAAAGGGGAUAAGGGAGACCAAGGAGCACCCGGAUUAGAUGCCCCCUGUCCGUUGGGGGAUGACGGCCUACCAGUAUCAGGGUGUUGGAAUAAAGGUCAAAAUCCUUUCCAACUGGCCAAGUAGUAGAGGUUCAAGACAUCUGCUCAGUGACAUUUUGCUCAAAGCUACAGAAUGGAAACUUGAAGACAUUUGGAGAUAUCUUUGAGUUUUGACCCGACCUGUGGUUGCCAUUUUACUCAAAGAUUUUCCAGCCGACUGAAGACAGAGCCAGUAAUGUUGGGGGGCUCCAGUGGCAGCAAUGAGCAGACUGACUUCAAUAAGACUCAGAAACAAAAGGAAAUUCAGUUUCCUUUGCAGUUUUUUUGUUGAAGGAUUCUCAGGCUAGAAAAGCCGUCAAAGCCACAGAGAGACACAGAUGCAUUUCUUUGAGAUGAAUAUGCUUGAUUUCCCAUCGGUCUUUAUUCACUAUGUGAAAGUAAGACAUGAACCUUUUAUAGUGUACACUUCCCUGUGUUUUAUUUGACACCAACAACUGUGAUUCAAGAAUUCAGAGCAGCUCACAGAACAUACAGAAAUAUUCUCUCCCUGUUCAUGUGUUUCCAAGACUAACCAAAAAAACAAAUGGAAACACUUUCGAUGAUUCCUGAUAUCAAACUCACUGCCUUCUCUACUAUCCUGGGUGCUGCAGGCCUAUAACAAACUGUUUAUGUAGCUAUGUUGCCUGACCUGUGCCCAAGGAAGAACUUUAUUACGAACACUAUACUGUUGGUAUACAUUAUAUACGUAUACUAAAGACAUAGUAUAUUACAUUUAUUCACAUUCUUGUACUGAGGUGUAAUACUCACCAUAUCAAUGCUGAAAGAGUAAGUAUUAUACAGUAGGAGAGGGUUCACACACUAUCAAGCAUAUGAAUUACUCAUCGAUAUAUAUACAUUUUUAGCAGUCAUACAUACUGUCCGCUUUCAAUGAGUAUUCUAGAAUAACUUGAUUCAUAUUCCUGAGAAAUGCCAUACUAAAUGCAAGACGUCGUGCGCCAUUUUGGGCAGUUAAUUUCAACUGUAAUAAUUUUAACACGUGCAUCCUGUCUGUAUGAAUCAGUUGGGCUUUACGGUUACUGUUUGUUGCCCUUAAAUAUCGAUUUGAACUAUAAGAACGCUUAUUUAUAUUGUAGGCUAAUCUUUAUGUAAGAUUCUAACCUUGAACAGCUCCUCCAAACAUUUUUCUUCUUGAAUACUGAUGGAAGAAAGAUCCCCUGAUUUUUGUUGUCGUGGCUGGAGGCACAAGACCAGUUUUGGAGUUAUUGGACAGUUGACAACAGACGCUGAGAUUAUUUUGAAUCGAAUGAGUUGUUUAUUGAGGUAGCCUAUGACGUUUUCAUCGGAGCUGAUCGACAAUUUAAUGACGUUCUUGGGUGAAAACAACGUCUGAACUCUGAACUGCCGGUAUGUCCAUCUUGUCAACGACUGUGAUAUCUUGUGCCUUUUAUCUGUGUUUCACACAAGCUUCCCUGUUUCCUAAAAUAAUCUAAUGCACAGAAGCAUUCCUUAUGUCAUAUUGACAGCUGCCUUCUUACCCGUUCGCACAACUCAAUCCAAAUGCGCAUAAAAUAAUUAUUUGAAUAUUCAACGUGGUGAAUACAGAACCGUGCUUAGCUAGAGUCCAUAUUCAUAUCCAAAUUGUGUAUUGCGAACAAGGGGCAGUUAUUGUGGUUGUUCUUUCGAGUUCAUGAAAGCCACAUCAAGUCUGACAACUCGGCUUACUCUGCACUUGUUGUUCAUACUUUACACGCAGUUGAUUCUGAAUGUAUUUACAUUUACAUGAACUGCUCCUAUAAAACCUCUGUGGAACAUGGUCCUUAUAAGAGUGGAUCAAGUCAAGUGCUGUUACUGUAUUACAGUAACUACUGUAAAUGUCACUUAAAGUUAAGUGUUGUCACUGUAUUAAAGUAACUACUGUAAAUGUCACUUAAAGCAAAGUGUUGCCCACAAUUGUUGUGUUUAACAAUUGAUGAAUGUUUCCAUUUAUUUUGAAUGCUCUAAACAAGAAGUUGUCCUCCCAAAGAUUAAAAUUCGUAUUCAUUUAGUGGUGCCCGUUUGUGCAAUGAUACAUAAUACAUGUGUAAUUUGGGCGAAUUUGAUGCUUUUCAUUUGAUUAAUAGAUGAUUUAGUUCACCUCACAUAUUUUUUAACAAGAGAGUCCAUCGUCCCCAAUACAGCCCACAGUCCUUAAUGAAUUAACCAGAGUAAUCAUAUGAAGAUUGAAUAUAAAUAUACUAAGAAUCAUUCAUUAUUUUGUAGGAAUUCAUUCAAAACAGCAGUCACCUUAGGGCAUUGACUGUAGGGUCAUCUUUGAAAGUUUGUGUGCAUUUCAUUUCAGCUUUUUCUCACUUAUGUUUUGCACAAUGGUGGCAGUACUCUUUAGUUUUACCAGAUAUUUUCUGGACAUUAUUAUUACAUGUAUCAUUUGUAUUAUGUUUCUUUGGUAUACAUUUCCCAUUUGGUACAACUUUACUGUGUCUUGAUCUUACAUUGUGUUAAUAUAUUAAGUGUACUCGUCAUGUAAUAUGCAUAUAACUAUUUAACACAUUAUAUAUGAGAGCAAGUGAUUCAUGAACAACACCCAUUAAACUGACGAUAGGUCAUGCGUAAUUAUUUCUUGGAACUGAGCACAAAAUUGGUCUUUCGUAUGUAUUUUUGUUGCCUCCUGAAAAAAUUCAAAUGAAGUCCUCGAUUCAUUAUUCAUUUUUUUUGUCAAUGCCACUUUGCAAUUCAUUCACUCUCACUUUUUUUUUUACAUGACGAGUACACGGAUUUGUUUUAGUACUGGUGUUGUAUCAACUGUAAAGUUGUGUGGUUCAUCACUGGUUGACAUUGCCGAUAUGUUUAUGCCAGUCUAUGCUCAAUGCAUUCUGUUUUGUAUAAAGUGGAUGUAUCUCUUCUUGAUGCCGUCACCAUUCUGAGCUUUUAAAGAAAUAUAGGAGAUUCAGGUUUAGAAAGCAUUUUAGAUAGUAUUGUAUAGUACUGCACAAUAGUUCAUCUGCGGUUGACAUACAUGUUGUUUUCUCUUAACUAUCUAUACUGUAUGUAUGCUAGGCAGAAAUGAAGAUGUAUAAUAUUUUGUGUGACAAACUAUCAGUUUCAGUAGCUAACUGAGAACUGAUUUGAGGGCAUUUAUUUCAAUGCAUUUGAUGUAAAAAAAAACAUCUGCAUGCUGAUAUGAUUGUUUAUAAGCACUAUUUUACCAUUUAAUAGCAACAGCGAAAUAACUGCACACCAUAUAUGGGCAUAUAUUUGAUAUGCCAAUUCUGCACAAGACGAGGAAUUCUGUCAGUUAAGUGACCUUUUAUAACUUCCUCUGGUGUUACAGACUCCUGAAAAUGAAUACAAUUUGCAAUGUUAACAUUAAGUUGAGGUUUAGAAAGGUUGUUUCUUGAGAUUCAAUGUGAGUCGUCCGUAAACCUUUGAAUUAAAUCAAUGUAAUCCAGAGUUCAGUAUGUUUUCAUGGCUUCGUUGAGUGUGCUGUCAAAGGUGUUUUAACAGUUUUGGGUUUUUUUCAGAGAAGGUUUUUACUUUUUACAGAUCUUACAUUUCAGAGUACGUCACUGGUUGCCGAUUGUUAUUUCACUGUUCAAUACAUGUCACAUUUUGAGAACAUUGUCAAUAAUUCCAAAAAUAAAGAAUUGAGUUAUCGUUUUUAAA